AUGGGGAUGAGGGGGCGGAGCGGGGUGGGGAACCGAGCUUGGGUGACGCGGCGCUCACGUGACCGGUCGGGCGCCGACGUGGGCAGCAGCCCCCGCGCCCGCCUGCUCACCCACCCUGCGGUCCGGUGCCUGCGCUGUUGGCUCCCGUCGCCCGCGCAGAACCAGCUCCCUGAGCUGCCCGGGCGGCGGGCGAGGGGCCGGCGGGCUUCGGCGAGCCCGAGGAGGCGCAGGCCUGGCCCGGGCCCCGCAGGUCCCGCUGGUCGGUGUGAAGGUGGGUGCUGCCGGCGGCCCCGGGCAGGGGUGGAGGUGGAUGGGAGAAAAUCAGAUGAGGAAGAAAAGCUGGAAGUGGAGGGGAAGCCAGGGCAUGAGGGGAAGCUCCAGAAUGAGGGACAGCCAGAUGAUGAGGGACAAGCAGAAGAUGAGGGAAAGCAAGAAAAGCAGGGCAAGUCUGAAAAUGAGGGAAAACCACACAGUGAGGGCAAGCCAGAAUCCCUGGCAAAGGCUGAGAGUGAGUCGCGGGCUGCCGAAAAGCGCCCAGCUGAAGAUUAUGUGCCUAGGAAAGCAAAAAGAAAAACGGACAGGGGGACAGACGAUUCCCCCAAGGACUAUCAGGAGGACUUACAGGAAAGGCACUUGGGCAGUGAGGAGAUGAUGAGAGAAUGUGGAGAUGUGUCAAGCGCUCAGGAAGAGCUAAGGAAAAAACAGAAAAUGGGUGGUUUUCAUUGGAUGCAAAGAGAUGUACAGGAUCCCUUUGCCCAAGGGGGCAACGGGGUGUCAGGGGAAUGAGGGGCGGAGGUAGGGGCCAAAGGGGCUUACAUGAUAUCCCGUAUCUUUAAUGUCUUUGGCGUUCAUUUCUGAUUUCUCUAAUGAGAAUAUUGCCGAUCCUGCUUUUCCUGGCAGGCAUUUGCCAGGCUACGUGCUUUAAACUUAGGCUGAUACUUUGCUUUAGGUGUCACUCUUGUUACCAGCAGCCUUUUGAUCCAACUACAGUGUUCUCUGUCUUUCAUUAGGGGAUUUUCACCCAUGUGCAUGGAAAAGAUGUUCAUGGUACACUGUUAAAAUAACAAUAAAGAAAAAACAGUUUUCAGAACCACAUAUACAGUAUCGGCCCAUUUUUGUAAAAAAUGUAAAUGUUUGGGGCGCCUGGGUGGCUCAGUCGGUUAAACAUCCGACUUUGGCUCAGUUCAUGGGUUUGAGCCCCACAUCAGGCUCUGUGCUGACAGCUCAGAGCCUGGAGCCUGCUUCAGAUUCUGUGUCUCUCUGCUCCUACCCUGCUUGUGUUCUGUUUCUCUCCCUUUCAAAAAAUAAAUAAACAUUAAAAACUUUUUUAAAAAUAUAUAAAUGUUUGCAUAAUGGCUUUGUGCAUAGAGAAAGUUCUGAAAUGUGUACGCUAAAAAGUAGGUGAUGGUUUUUCCUGCGUGGUAGCCAAAAAUAGGUCUCAUCUGUACUCAAACAUAAGUCCAGUCACCUGACCCCUCCAUGCCAUUCCUCUGUGAGCGUGCCCAUUCCCAUGCCUUCCAGAAUGUAAAAUAAGUAAAACUCAUGUUAUCUCU